GUGUAUUCCUGCCACCGUCGUGAUCCCACCGCACCCGUCCGCAAAGUGCAAACCCAGAUUCUCCCCUCCACCCCCUCCACCGCCAAAACCCAAAACCCAAAAACCAACACCACGGACCAGCGGUCAUGCGCACGCGCGUAUGCAGCUCCUUCUCGGAACGGAGCGACGGCUGCUGCGAGCCGAUGUGCACUCACCAACCACGGUAACUAGUGCACAUUCAUGCAUGCGCCAGGAAUCGGGACGUAGGCGAGGUGGCCGUGACAACCACGGAUUCUUCACGAUUGCAGGAGCUAAGAAGGUGCUGUCUACGUGGACGUGGAUGCGGGAGACGACCUUGGUUACUAGGCGUCUGAUAGCUACUCUACAUAAACCUCCCUCGCCCGCCGCCGUUGCCAGUAUCGGCCACUCCACACCAACAUUCCACCGCACAACGAUGGCAGCCCUCGCCGACCUGCUACGCUACAUCGACCUCUGGGUCCUGCUGUACACCUGGGCGGUCGUGUACGGCCUAAUCGUCGUCCGCCGCGUAUGGUUCCACCCGCUCUCGCACGUUCCCGGGCCUCCGCUCGCCGCCGCGACAUAUAUGUACUUUUCGUGGUACCAGGUGCUCCAAGACGGGGCCAUGUGGCAGCAGCUGCCGGCGCUGCAUGAGAAAUAUGGCCCCGCCGUACGCAUCAGCCCGACCGAUGUCGAUAUCAUGGAGCCUGAGUUGUACCAUCAAGUCUUCGGCCUACAGACGACAUACCUCAAAGACCACAACAUGUACAAGCUCACCGGUCUCUCGCGGUCGAGCGCUUUGACGUGCGACCCGGUGGAGCACCGGGCGCGUCGCAGCCUAGUCAACCCGUUCUUCUCGAAAAAAGCGAUCAACGACGCGUGUUCGACGGUGCUAUCACCGAUCAUCGAGAACUUCUGCGACAAGCUGGACGCCUUCUGCGCUUCGGGGGCGCCGGUGCCGCUGGCAAACGGCUUCUACUGCGUCACGGUAGAUAUCAUCUCGCAGUACUGCUUCGGCCGCUGCUGGAAUAUGCUCGAUGAGCCGAACUUUACGAGUGACUGGGUCGAGAGCGUGCUCAGCAUUAGCGAUGGGAUCAAUAUUAGACUGCAUUUUCCGAUGCUUACGAAUGUGCUGCUGUUUGUGUCGCAGUUCGUACCCAGCCUUGUCCCGCUCGCUUAUAAAAGGCUGAUGGAGGAAUGUCAAACCCUGGUGCGGGCCUCAAUCGCCUCCGUGGCUUCCGCACGCACCUCGGGCGCACCCCGCAAGGCCCGCCCGUCCACGGUAAUCGAGGCGAUAAUCGACCCCCCGCCCUCCUCGUCAUCAUCGAAGGAAGCAUUCGUGACUCCCUUCCAAGACCUGGUGGAAGAGGCCGUGGCCCUGACCUCGGCCGGAACCGACAGCACCAGCAACUGCCUGCAGUACUGCGUAUGGCACUUCCUCACUAAACCCGAGGUGCGCGCGCGGCUGCUGGUGGAGCUCGAUGCUGUCGAGAGGGAUGCGGACGGCAGGUUUAGCCUCGCGAGGUUAGAGGGGUUGGCGUAUUUCACUGGUUUCCUCCAAGAAGUCCUCCGCUACAACCACAUCGCGCCCACCCGCCUUCCGCGCGUCGUGCCCACAGGCGGCCUGACGAUCCCGUCUACCGGGCUGCACCUCCCCCAGGGCACUAGCAUCGCGUUCUAUAUCACGCUGAUACAUAUGGACCCGCGAUUGUUCGAGAGCCCGGAGGAGUUUCGGCCUGAACGCUGGAUGGGCGAGGAGGGGAAGGUGUUGAAUAAGUGGUUGGUCAGCUUUAGUAAGGGUGAUAGAGGGUGUUUGGGGGUUAAUCUGGCGUAUGCGGAGUUGUACCUUGUCCUGGCGAACCUACUGACGAGGUAUGAGAUCGAGCUGUGGGAGACGAAUAGCGAGAGGAUGGAGUGGUCGGAUCAUGGCGUGGCGAGACCGAAGGAGAGGAUUCAGGUUAAGGUUAGGAGGAGGGUUAAGGCGUAGGUACUUGGUCAGGAAGUCGGUCGGUCGGUCAUAAAGUGGUACUCGAUGAAUUAUAUCCCAUGAUGAUUCCAG